UAUUACAUGCGAGUUGCUUGUUUUUCCUCUGACUAUAUAAAAAGUAAAAAAAAAAAAAAAUGAAUGACACUAUGAAGCGAGGAGGUUGCACACGCACUCUUGCAUUAACUGUGUGCUCUGCAGCCAUUGGUGGCACUUUUCAGUAUGGCUACAAUAUUUCAAUCAUCAAUGCACCCACAGCUUAUGUGCAGAAGUUCAUUAAUGAGACCUGUAUGAAGAGAUGGGGCACCUCUCUUGAGGCCAGUCAGGUGACACUGAUGUGGACCUUUAUUGUCUCCAUUUACUCACUCGGGGGACUUCUGGGGUCCCUGCUUGCUGGCCCAAUGGCUAUCAAGUGCGGACGUAAAGGUGCACUGCUGCUAAACAACUGCUUCCUUUUUGUGAGCGCAGUCCUGGCUCUGUGCAGUCGCUCCGCUGGCUCUUUUGAGAUGAUCAUCCUUGCUCGUCUGCUGGUGGGGGUCAAUGCUGGGGUUAGUAUGAACGUCCAGCCCAUGUACUUCGGAGAGAGUGCACCCAAGCACCUGAGAGGUGCUGUUGCCUUUUCGUCUGCUGUUUUCACUGCUCUAGGGAUCUUGAUGGGCCAGGUAAUGGGUCUGACUGAAGUUUUGGGGAGUGAAUCUCUCUGGCCUUAUCUGCUGGCGAGCAACGCUCUCCCCGGCGUAGUGCAGCUGGUCACUUUGCCCUGGUUUCCAGAGAGCCCACGUUACCUGCUCAUCGACCGAGGAGACCGAGAGGCAUGCGGUCAAGCCCUGAAACGCCUCCGAGCGUGCAGCGUUUUUACUGAUGAGCUGGAAGAGAUCCUCCAGGAGCGGGCAGAAGCAGGCGAAGCCCGGGCCAAAACGCUGUGGGAGCUGUUAAGUGACCGAAGUCUUCGCAGGCAGCUCUGCACCGUGAUGGUUGCCAGCAGUGCCAUGAUGUUGUGUGGAAAUGAUUCCAUUUACUUCUACGCCUCCUAUAUCUUUCAAGAAGCCGGUAUUCCAACGGACAGGAUUCAGUAUGUCACGAUCGGCACGGGUGCCUGCGAGUUCACGUCUGCUCUGGUGUGUAAUCUCCUGAUCGAGCGCGUCGGCCGCAGGCUGCUCCUCGCAGGCGGGUAUCUGCUCAUGGCUUGCUGGGCGGUGGUCUUCACUGUUGCUCUUUCGCUGGAGGGCAAAGUGGCCGGCAUGCCCUAUCUGAGUAUGGUCUGCAUGUUCGCCUACAUCUUGAGCUUUGGCAUGGGUCCCGCAGGGGUCACCGGGAUCCUUCCCGCCGAGCUCUUUGACCAAAUGGCACGUCCCGCAGCUUACAUGGUUGCCGGUUCCAUGAUGUGGCUUAACCUCUUCCUCAUAGGAAUGGCGUUUCCGUUCAUAGUUAAGGGCCUGGGACAGUUCUGCUUCAUCCCCUUCUGUGGAGUUUGUGUGACGGCAUGUCUUUUCGUCAGUUUCGCUUUGCCUGAAACCAAAGGAAGGACUCUAGCAGAGAUCACGGAGGAGUUUGAGAAGCGGAAUAAGAAAGGCACGGCCAAUGGGCUUCCUAAAUACGGGCAGCAAUGUCAAAGUCUGACGGAUCCAUCAGAAUUCCUAGAGACUGAGAAGAUCUGAGAGAGAUCAGGCUGAUUUUGCGUUGCUACUGUAUUCAGAUUUUAUCCGUUUUUUCUGUCUAUUAAUUUAUUUUAAAAUACCUUGAAAAUGCGAUAUAUAUUUCAUCCAAGAAAAUUAUAAACUUGUGUACACUUAGAUGUAUUAAAGGAAAAUUUUUAUUAAUUUUUACUUCACGGUUACACUACAAUAUUGUUGUUGUUAAAUCGUUAAAUGGAAACGUUUCUUGAAAAUGGCAUACAAAGCCAUAUGAAACUAGCAUGAAAAAAUAGCUUUUCUGACGUGACGCACUUUGAGCUGCAUCUGAUUUAAAAAUGCUGCAUGUUGCAAAUGUUUUUUUAAUUAAUUUAUUUAACUUUUAUUAUGUAUUCUUAAUUAUCAUCUGUCUUUUCUCCUUUCCUCCUUCCCAUUUGAUUGUUAAAGUGCAGCUAGAAAAUAUAAUACCAGUAUUGGGAAGAAAAAAAAAGCUGCAUGUUGGGAAAUUAUGUAAAACUGUGAUUUGAUUCUCCUUAUCAGGGAUGUUUUUUUUUUCUUUUUUCUACUGUUUCCCAGAAAACUUGAAUCUCGAUGCCUGCAAAAGUGAAAUGCAUUUAAAAUUUGCACUUAUGUAUUUUACCUCAUUCUGUGUCUCAUAAUAUAAUGUUAUUAAUUAUGUAUUGCAAAAAGAGUAACUUAUUUUGAAGGAUACACCCAAAGAGCAAUGCAAUUGCAUUUGUUAAAGAUCAAUACAAUUAUUGCCUGUAUGAGAUCUAGCCAAGUUUGUUGCACCAGCAGAUGGCACUAUAUCAAUAUCAUAGUUUUUUUUCUGUCUGCACUGUUUGUCUUCUCAAUUGGAUGUGUAAUGUUAACCAAAACAAGGGAAUUCACUGCAUGCCCUUGCAUUUAGAUAUAACCACAGUUGUAAAGGACGACAAUCAGUAUCAUAUCCUUCAUUUGUGCCUUAUAAUCACAUUCUUGCUGCCUACUAACCUGCCUAUCAAAUCUCCCAACCUAUAUUCAACCAAAUGAAACAAUAUUCAAUCCAAGUGUUUUGAAUUGUAUGAUGAUUACCGUUUGAGCCUAAUUCCUUUAAAUCAUUGUAUAAGAACUGUCAAUCUAUCAAAAAUGCUGUGUAUUCAACUCAGUUUGGAGCUAGUAAAGAAAGUUGCUUGAUUGAAAAACUCUCACUGCUAAUGUUUUAAGGAAUAAUAUGGUGAUUUGUUUAGCUAAUGAUAACUUUUGACUGUGCAUCUAAUUGCAUUCAAUACGUAAUAGUGAAUUCAAGCCGGAGCCUUUGACUGUUAAUUGGAGGUAAUGAGGCUACAGUAAAGGAUGUUCCAUGA